GCUAACUUUAAGCUAACGUUAGCGGCAGAGAUGGACGACGGCGACGAGCCGGGCUUGGUCCUCUCGCACAGCACGUCUUCGAGCUCAAAGUCGGGCGGGGACAAGAUGUUUUCCCUGAAGAAGUGGAAUGCGGUGGCGAUGUGGAGCUGGGACGUUGAGUGCGACACCUGUGCCAUUUGUCGUGUCCAGGUGAUGGACGCGUGCCUCCGAUGUCAGGCGGAAAAUAAACAAGAGGACUGUGUUGUCGUAUGGGGAGAGUGCAAUCACUCCUUCCACAACUGCUGCAUGUCGCUCUGGGUGAAGCAGAACAAUCGCUGUCCUCUCUGCCAACAAGACUGGGUGGUUCAGAGGAUCGGCAAAUGAGCGCAACAUCCAGGUGGACUGUGCAUGUUUGCACCUGAGAGUGGUGAGAGGCAGCGGUCGGUGAUCCCUGCGCUGUCCUCUUCCUUACGAGUGCAUUUCCUGGUGUCGGAGGAGCGCGACUGGAAAAGUUAAAGGCUGCGCAGAUGGAUCGCUGAAGGGAUCAGGAGUCCAGAAGAGACGAAUGAAUUGUUUGGGGUUUUGUCACAUCUUGUCUGUGGCUUUCCUUUUAAAAAAUAAAGCGUU